AAUUAUUUUAGAAAAUUGGAAUCACAUGUGAGUAAAUCGUGCAGUUCUAAAAAUAUCGCGGAGGAAUAUACCAAAUAUUAAUAGUUCCGGAAGCCAUUGGGGGAAGUGUCGAGGGGAUAUAUACAAGUAACAAUAAGUGUUUAUUUCCGAUUUAUUGAGGAGUAUACUUACGUGAGAUAGAUACAAGGGAUCAUCAUUUUAUUCUGAUUAUUGAUAAACGUUGUGAUGAAGUUACACAGUUCAAUGUGGAUUACAAUUUGUGGACUGUUUUUAUUUGUGUCCAUAUCAAAUUCUGAACAGUUUCCUGGUACAUCAUGGGGCACAGAGAAAAAGACUUAUAUAGAUAUAGAUACUGCACAUAAUGACUUUUUAGAAGAUUCAGGCAGUGGUCAUGAAAGUACGACAAAAGAUGAUACAACAGACGAUGAAGAUCUGAUAGACUUUGGAUCAGGGUCUGGAGAUGGAUCUGGUGUGGGAAAAGUCGAUCUUACCACAACAAAAGCUCCAACAACAAUAAAGAUGACAGCUUGUCAACAGCUAAGAUCAUCAACGAAAACUUUCUCUUCCGAUUUUUAUAUUCCUGAAUGUACGAUUACUGGUGAAUAUGAAAAACGGCAGUGUGAAGGUAAAGUCGGGUCUAAAAAAUGUUGGUGUGUAGAUUCUAAGGGAAGAGAAAUACCAGGAUCACAAAUGACAGAACCAGAGGUCCCAGAUUGUCAUGAAGGAAAAAAUUUGAAGCCUUGUGUUUUUGAACUAUUAAAGACAAGCAGUGGAUUAUUAGGAGCACGACAAGCGCGCUGUACGUUUGACGGAGAAUACGAAAAGGUUCAGUGUCAUGUGAGAGAAUGUUGGUGUGUUGACAAAAAUGGAAUUGAAAGAAUGGGAACACGAGUAUCCAUGUCAACCUGGCAGCAAUCUCUUGCUUGUGAAGAAACAAUAAAGGGAACAAUGGCUCCCCCAUUACUAGAAGUGACAAAGGCUCCCGAGACACCCUUCCCAUAUAACCCAGAAACUACCAAAAAAGUCGACGAUGAUAAACCAAUAUAUAAUCAUGGUGACAAAAGUGAUGAAACAGAUACUGAUGACAAAACCCCAACUUCUGUUGAUGUCAAUAUUGGAGGUGGUAAAUUUGAAACUGAAUCCGAAGACAACAGUAAUAUUGAUAAAUCAGAAAAUAUAAGACCAGAUAGACCAGAGGCUCAAAAAACAACAUUUUUACAGAUCAUGGCUAGUCCAGGAAUAUUAGCAGCUGUGAUUGGUGGAUCAGUGGUAGGAUUAUUAUGUGCCAUCUUACUGGUCAUGUUCAUAAUCUACAGAAUGAGAAAGAAGGACGAAGGAAGCUAUCCAUUAGAGGAACAAAGAUACACAAACUAUUCUUAUAUGAAGGCUCCAGAGAAAGAAUUUUAUGCAUAAACUGUACACACUUAACUUGGUGCACUUAAAAACAAUAUGUUCUAAAUAUAGAUCUGUUUUACGGGAAAGGGGACGUAAUUCAUAUAGGGGAAAAUGUAGCUAAUGUGAUCAUUUGAGCUUUAAAUAGUUUGAAUUCAAAACUGAGUUUUCAUACUAACAAAGAGAAAAUAAGUGUUUAAAAACUAAUUUAAUAUUUAUAUUGGUACAUUGUAUAUUCAGAUGAUGUAGCUAUGUGUACAAAUAUAUCUUCUGUUUUUUUCGAUACAUAUAAAUGUAUAUUAUUCAUUCUACAGUAUUUCGUUACUCAAAAAAAGUAAAGUUGCUUAUUAUGUGCAGCAUAACAACUUUAUUAAACAAACUGUAUGUUGGUGUAGAAUGAACAUUUAGUGGAUAUAAUUUUACAAUAUUUUACAUGUAGUAGUUAAUCAAAUCAAAUCAACAGUUGCACUCCAUAAAAUGUUGUAAGUAAGGGUUGAAUUAUAGGUCCUUUAAUAUUUUCAAUAUAUAUAUGAAUGAUAUGUAUUGUAAUGCCAUUAUAUUUGGUCACAAUGUGUGUUUCGUAGUAGUUUCAUCAGGAGUAGGAACUAUUUUAACUAUCAGGGAGAUUCAUCAGAAAGAUAAAACCUUUAUCUCAUUUUGGAUAUGCUGUAAGAUAUGCAUGGACGUGCUAGUGAUAAUACCUGCAUUAGAUAUAUGUGUGAUUUCAGUAGAUUGGAAAUACACAAGAUUGAACAAAGGAAUUUAGAAAAAUUUAUGGAAAAUGACGCCUUCAUCAACCAUGAUGAAGGCUCAAGAAAAAAAGUGAUUUUUUAGAAAGACGAUUUUUGUGUAUCUUAAUAGAAAGACGAUUUUUACUUUGAAAUUUUUUGUAAAUAUGUAACAAGAGAGUAAGAUUUUUAAAUUGUAUUUGUUUUAGUUUUAUAUUUAUAUGUUUUUUCAUCAUGUAGACAUUGAAAAUGUACAAAAUUGAUCAUGUAUGUCAUUGUAUGUAAUGUAUUAUUGGAAAAUUGAAAUUCAAUGCAAGAAAUCAUCGAGAUACUGAAAACUUAAAAAAUAGAAAAAAUCCAAAAUUAAAAUUCUCUUUGAAAAAACUCAAACCUGUUACAUCAAGUCUUAAAUUUUGAGACACAAAAGAUGAGAUGGCUAUUGAAACAGUUAAAUCAUCAUGAUGACAAAAUAUGCGUGAUAAUAUGCAAUGAAUUUCAAUUUUUUAUUUUGUUUUAUAAUGUAUGAAUAACAUAGGAUUUUCUCUGUCAAGGUGGUAAAGUUUUAACAGAAAAAACUCAUGAACAAACUUUAUAGAUUUUAGAAUUUUGUUUUUACGAACUCCUUUUACAAAACAAUUGAAUUUUAUAUAAAUGUUAAUACUUUUUUACAAGACGACUUUUUAAGUUAGAAAAUGAUGUUUUAAUUUGGUUGUAAAAGUAUGCAAUAUGGUUUGUAUCUUUUAAACAUUUUGUGUGGUUUAAGGUUGUACCAAAUAAGUUAUAUUUUUAUUGAGUAUUUUUUAAAAUGAAUGAAAUUUUUACCAUCAUUGUUUCUUUUUAGACACACAUAUUUGUUUAACAUUGAUGUAAUAUUAUACAAGCAAACAAAAAAAAACAACAUAAGAAUAUGUAUUUUAACAAUUGUAGAAUAAAAUUUUAACUUGUUUUCUUUUUUUUCAUUUUUAGCAACAUUCCAAAAAAGAAAACAUUUAAUUUGAUUCAUUUAUUUUUGUUUGGAUACAAAGUAAAAAUACAAUAUAAACAGCAGACUAUCUAAACAAACUUUAUUCAGAAAAGUCGAAAGAAUUUUUAAAGAUUUUUUUAAUGCACUAAAUGUGUUUUUUAUAAGUUACUUUGUGCCUGCUUUAAAAUAAUCUCAGCUGUGAUACUUUGGAGAUGUGAAAGAUCACAAGAAUCUUGAAAUUCUAAAAUUCAUUUAUCAAUAUAAAAUUUUUAUCCAGAUAAAAAAAUACUUCAUCAUAUCACUUAUAAAUAACAUAGGUGAUAGUUAUUUGUCAUACAGCAAUAAAUAUUUGAUGUACAUGUGGUUGCUGUAUGAACUUUGAACUUCCUUUGAGGUAAACCACAGGAUUUUAAUCUGCAUGUUAGUCAUAUAGACAAUUAUGUCACUUUAUGAAUAUCUGUAAAAAAAAAUCUCUCUUUUCAUCUUUACCUUAAAGAUCUUAGGGGUUCAAAUGAAUACAACACAAAAUUUUCAGAAAAAGACUUUGAAGAGUUCUGAAAUGAAGCGAAACAAACAAAAUUGGUGUUUUUUAUUUGUGAUUUGACACAAGUUUUUAUGAUAGUGCUUAAAAUAUUUGAUACAAACAUAGAAUGUACCCAUAGUUAGAUCUAUUUAUAGAACAGGGAAGUAAUAUUGUAAUUUUGUUUGAUUUAUAUGUUGACAGUUUUUCACUUGUAUCAGAACAAAAGUGAUUUUAUUUACAUGGAAGAAUAGAAAGGACCAAAUUAUAUUUGUUUCUUGCAGAAGAGAAAAUUUCAGUUUAUCAUUUUGUACUUUGAUAUAGUAACCUUUUGUCAGACAAUUGACACUCAUAACUUUUUGGAAUCUAGAUUGCAACAAAUUGAUAUAUAAGACUUGUGUUAAACAAAACUUUUGCUAUAAUAACAAAAUCUUAAAAUAAAAAAAUCUUGAAAAAUCUGAAAAAUGUCAACAUAUGAAUAAUUUUAAUUAGGGCAAAUAAUGUUUAUGUAUUGUUGUUUUAAUCUACUAUAUUUUACCAAAUGAACCAUUGUUUAAUAAUAUUUCAAAACAAGUAAACUUAAAAGAUUUGUGUGUAUAUAUAUUGAUAAUCCCACCGAAAAUUAUUGGAGAUAUUUUUUCCUAUAACCACAACAUGUCCUGUACAUGAAAAUGAUAAUAUGAUUUACAAAUGAGAAAAAGAUAACAGCUUAUCUUAAAGACAUCAAGGAAUAAACUUUCAAAACAAUAAAAAAAAACUCAACUUAUAAUUUUUGAGCCUGUAAUUUUGAACAAGAUUGUUUCAAGGAAUACAUAGGAUUAUAGGGAAAUAUAUCUCCCAAUGAUUAUGUCUUGUUUUUUAAAAGAUGAACAAAAGCAGCAUUUUUUUAACAGUUGGGUGGUUUUAUAAUUUCAUUUCACACAUCAACCAUAAUUGUUUUUAGUGAAAAACCUUAUGAAAAAUGUGAGUUAUAAAUACAAAUUUUCUAAAUACCAAUAUUUUAUUUUGUGAUAUUAUUUGUGUUGUUGAGUUACUUUUAGAACAAAGACUAAAACCUUCUAUAAGGUUACCAUAACUUUCCAUAGAAAAUCAGGUCCAACGAAGGUCAACAUGGUCCAAGGUCAAAGUUGGUGUGUUUUUACAAGCCAGUCACAUUUAAUUUCCAGGACUUAUGUCUUUUCAGUAAAAUAACUUAAAGUAUGCUGUUUAAAUAAUAAUUAAACACAUGUAUUGCUUGUCUCCAUAUGAGCCUCCUUUAGUUAGGAGCACCAUCAUGAGUUACGGCAUAUACAUAUACUAAUGUUAUGUAAAAUAAAUUUGCAAUAUUUUUGCUUGUUUACCAACAAUAUAAUUUUCUAUGAUACUUAUUAUUACCAUGAUGUCACAUUUCUACAUGAAUGCCUUAACUUAAAAUGUCUACUUAAAUUUGCAAUUUGUUCUCAAAGUAAAAAUCUCUACUGCUACUUUAUCGGUUAAUGAUUUUAAAAAAUUACAAUUAUUGAAGACUUUUCACCAGAUCCAUUUUACUUAAAAAUAAAGAGUUAAAAGCAAGACAUUUGAAAUAUUUACCAAAAUUUGCCGUGUAUAAAUUAUAGCAUUAUAAUCUACCUCUUACUAAUUGAGAAUAACUAUGUUGAUCUUCAAACUUCAUCUGUUCUGACGACCAUUCUGUUCUUCCAAAUAUAGUUACCUCAUUUUCAUAAACUGUACAUAAAUAACAUGAAAUAAAUGUCUUAUUUUCAAUAA